AUGCAUACGCUCGAGGGUGCCGGAGUCAGCGUGGACGUGCAGGACCAGCUCCUCAAGGAAAGAACGCGUAAACGCAAGCCAGGAGUCAUACCCUAUCCAGUACAGUACUCGGAAGAACAAUUGGUCUAUGACAAUUGGAACAAUUUGUUCCUAACCAGUCUACGUCGAAGUCUCACGAUGCACCGCUCCGACACGCCACCUUCGACGGUGCUGGAUCUGGGUUGUGGGGACGGCCUGUGGAUAGUCGAGGCCGCUAAGACAUGGCCUACCAGCACUUUUGUUGGGUUCGACAUGGUGCAUAAUCAACCAAACCUGAGCCUCAAGAGCUUGGGUUUAGAGGGUGUUGCCGAACGCGUUACUUGGGUUCACGGCAAUUUGUUGGAAGAAUUGCCGUUCCAAUCGGAGCAAUUUGACUUCGUCCGUAUAUGCUGUAUUGGGCUUGGUGUUCCAGAGGAUGAGUGGCAGUAUUUAUUAGAGGAAGUUGCUCGAGUCAUGGUGCCAGGUGGUGUCAUUGAGAUAAUAGAGGAAGACCUAAUAUUUCCCUGCGGUCCUCCUCACAGGCGAAACGAUCUACUUGACCCCAAUUUUGAUGUACAUGCUAUGCCGGGUCAUGGCGGCAGUUCGUCGUCAUUGAACUACUCACCGUCGCAGUCUACGAGUUCGUCAACUCAAGGACUUAUUCCUCUGUCCAGUGGUCCGAGCUCUCCUCCGAGACAGCUCGAUAUUCCGAACAGCAUGGACUUGGCGUAUAGCCAGCCAUCAACUCAAGACCCUGAUGUAUCACUUGAUCCUCAAGACCAUUCCAAACUGAAGCUGGCUUGGGAAGAGAUGCUCCAGAGCAGAUUUCUCACACCAAGGCUACUUUCGGUCCUCCCCUUCUACAUGUCGUCUUGUUUUCGUAACAUCCAGACGCACCCCACGCUGCACAUCGCACUGCCACCGAACUCGCACCUCGAGAAUGGCACGUAUAUAAGCCCACGUCAGCAAUACGACGAAUCUGCUGAUAUCUCCGCGCUGUUCUCGGAGCUCAAGCGGUAUGCAGUUCGUUGGUCUUCGGAGUCUCGCCCGGACAAUUCUUCGUUACGCUCAAAGCAAUCGUCGAUUGCGACGAUCUCCCAGUGGGCGUCGAUCCAUCUUGCACGCUCUGUGCAGAUGAUCCGCGGGUGCAAAAGAGCCAUAUGGGAUGAAUACAGGGAGCUUAAGACGCCAAACGACAAGUCCGAUUCAAGCAGUCAAGGCGAGGUCCCUUCGAAACAGGAUGAAUUCGAGGCAGCUUGGGCGAACUGGGAAAAUGAUAUGAAGGACCGUAUGGCCAUGCGCAGCAAGCUGCGGGAGGCCUUUUCGUGGGACGAACCACCAGGCGAGCGCCCCGGUUGGAGAGUCUGGCGCGAGUGUGCAGGCGACUUGGAGUUGCCAGACACGGAUCCGCUUCCCACACCGCCGAGUCUCUGCAGAUCGUUGCGUAGUUUCGUUGGCUGGAAGCCUGAGAAUGCUGCACACAGCCUCUAG